AUGUUGAUAGCCACGCAACUAAUAGGAUUAGAUGACUUGUUGCGCAUCCCGGAAGCAAGGACAAUGAGUGAUGAUAAUGUUGAUCGAGAGACGCUUCCAUUUCGGCUUCGGGAUUCCGACAGAGACCCCGUCCCUAUUUCGGAGUCCAGGCAUUCUCCGGAUAUAGGGCCAGGUGUGGAUUUCCUAAAGAAGUCAGCUGUGCCAGUGUUAUCAGAUGGUGAAUCCCCCGCGGGAUCUUCUACAACAAACCGGGCGCACCAUUCUGCCAGCGCCUCUUUGUCGAAUAAGAGGCCUGGAUCUGUUGGGGCUGUACCAAAUAACUUUCUCUCUGAUGAUUUAAGCGAGCAGGGUAUUGAGUUUAUACAUACGACCGCUCCCAAAGGACACCAGCCGGUUUGGUCCGAAGAGCAGAAUGCAUCAACCUGCUCUCUUAACCGUCCGGUGAGCUUAUUUGCUACCGAAAACCGGGCCGGAAAUUCCGGUAUCGUCAGUAAUGGCAAGCAUUCCUCCAGAUUCUCUCCCGACUCAACAGACGACCGAGGGAGUAACGAGGCCGGGCCGUCUCGCCCCUAUCAUCGAAAUAUUCGUUCCAGUCCAACUUCGAAUGGUAGCCCAAAUGCCGACUCAAGCGCCAGAAAAGAGGGGACCUCUUUGCCCAGCAGAAGGUCGCGCGUCUCCUCGGAGAGGUUAAGCUAUGGUCAGGAGUCAGCGCAAGGCCUGAGUAAUGAACAGAAAUCCGCUGGAGAGCUCUCUGCGGUAGCCGGAGGUACAGCAUCACAUGGGAUCUUCCUACAGCCAGAAACUCAUCCUAUAACAGAAGAGCAAUUGAUCAAUGAGGUGCGCGGAAUCUAUGCCGGCCUGCUUAUGGUGGAGAAAAAGUGUAUCCAGAUCGACAAGCAACAAUCCGAAUCGAAGACCGACCUGUCCCACCAGCAGUGGCAGGCUUUGAUUGCCUUACAUCGAACCCUUUUGCAGGAGCACCAUGACUUUUUCAUGGCCUCGCAACAUCCAUCCGCAAGCCACGCCCUGAGGCGCAUAUCGGAGAAAUACGCCAUGCCCGCUCGUAUGUGGCGUUAUGGAAUCCACGCAUUCCUCGAACUAUUGCGUCAUAGACUCCCUGAUUCCUUAGAGCCCAUGCUGACAUUUAUUUAUUUCGCAUACUCCAUGAUGACUCUGCUUUUAGAAACUGUACCGGCGUUCGAAGAGACUUGGAUCGAAUGUCUAGGGGAUCUCUCCCGGUACCGUAUGGCGGUGGAGGAGUCGAAUCUGCAGGACCGUGAAGUCUGGGGUGGGGUUGCGAAGUACUGGUACAACAGAGCCGCGGACAGGAAUCCAGAUGUUGGCCGGAUUCAACAUCAUCUUGCAGUUUUGGCUCGACCCGAUAUUCUCCAACAACUUUUCUACUACACAAAGUCCCUAGUCAGCGUGCGUGCGUUCCCGGGGACCAGAGAGAGCAUCCUCCUCCUAUUCAAUCCACUCAUGAAAGGCCCAAGGGUGAUUCACCAUCACCAGAUCAUAGCCGACUUCGUGACUGCUCACGGCUAUCUGUUUGGUCGGGAUUGCUCAGACCGUUUCGUCCGAUCGGCGGACAAUUUUCUAUCUGGAUUGGACAAUUAUGUCGGCCGAGUGGGGGCAGCAUUUAAAAUACAAGGUGUCUAUAUCACUUCCUCAAAUCUCGCCGCCAUGCUGGAGUACGCCAGCCCUGACGCCCUAUUACCUACUGAAUUCCACCAAGAACCGAUUCCCGAUUCUAGGUCUCCCGAGGAUGUCUACCAACAAGCCUCUAGUCAUUGGGCAUCUGUCAAUGAUCCUCAGAAGGUUGCAUCUGAUUUUCUUGCGCUCAACGACUCCCAGAAGUCUUCCCGGUUGGUCUACUAUGGGUCCUGUCUUACCUUUCAUGCGCUAUCUGUCUUUCUCGACCAAAUUGGCGACAAAAACAUAUUCCCCGCUCUCCACCUCUCCUUGGCAUUUCUUUGGUGUUUAUCGUCCACCCAGACCGGCAUGAGAUGUGCGGAACUUGUAGUUCCUUGGAAGAAGAUUGUCACGUUUCUCAACACGAUGUUCUUACCUUUGUUGGACAUGAGCUUGGUUGAGGGCGACGGGUUUCCCCUCUCCGAUGAAACGAAGUGGCUCCCCGAGGAUUUUUUUAUCCGUGGACAGGUUUGGAGUCAGGCCUAUUAUCCCCAGUCUUUCUUUGAGGGCUCUCCAACUGAAGAUAAUGGGCGAAACAUUGAACUGCCGUCUCUCAAGAUUUCCCGAAUGUACCGAUGUCUUUGGCUAGGAGUUAGACUGGCAAAGUUCAACCGUUGGAUGAUAUAUGAUUCAGCACUGCAAAAGUUUUCAGUGACUGCAUUUGCUCUGGAGCUGGAGAAACUUGCCGAACCAUACAGUCCUUUUCUUUCAACCACGGAGCAGCAAGCUCCCAGCGCAGACGUUGAAAUGCGCGGUUCCUGA